GGCCGGCAAUUGUCCUAUCAUAAUUCUAUCACAACAUCGUGCGCUUCUAUAAUUGCCCGCGAUUGAUCCACCACCGAACACUCUCUGUCCCAUGAGGUCAUGCAGUCUCGGAGGGUUGGGUUAUAAUCCCCACAGGUGUCCGAGUCUCGACUCUUUAUCUUCCCUCGCACCAGUUCCUCAGCUCUGCCUCAUCGUUCUAGACUCGACUUAUUUUUGGCCCGCUGCGUGGCUUUCGUAUGGCAAAUCUCCACCCAGGGUCCGUUCGCUGCUCGACAUUGUCUAGAUUGCGCCUUGAGUGAAGAACCCUUAUCGUCUCAUCUUCUAGAAGCUUGCGUGGGUUUCUGGUUCACCGUUCUCGACUACAAAAUAUACCCACUACCCCUCUCACUCCCACAACCCACCGUUCUUUCGCUUGUUCCCCAGUCCCCUUCUGCUGUCUUUCGUUAAGCACGACCUUCUCGCCGGGGCGUCUCAAUGUCCGACCAUCCCCAGAACCAGCCCUCUUACGAAUUAUUUCCCUCAGAGAACAUCCAGCCAGGCGCGGGUGCUCACGUAGAAGAAUCAAGUCAGCAUGAGCCGGCGUCUUCCGGAGCGGCAGCGGCUCCAGAGGGCCCUGCAGAAGCACAUGCGGCAGAGCCCAGCAGGGGCAACCGUGUGAGGUUCCGGUCCUUCAGCAGCUUUCGCGAAGCAGACGAUCGCACUCCAGAGCCAGAGCCAGAGCCAGUGCCGGUACCACCUCGCCCAGCCUAUAUGCGAAAUGAUUCCGACUACUCGGUGCGCUCAUACCACUCCAUGCACGACCUCAUGCCACCGUACGAUACGUCCGCCAACACAUCCAGGGAGUCCAUCGCGAAUUACGGAUCCGCCACGCCUCCACAUGGCAAUGAAGUACCCGUUAGCGAGCUUGGACGGCCUCAAGAGGAAGUGCAGACGCCUGACCGAGCCAGGUCCAUGAGGGAACGAUUCCGACACGCCGGUGACCUCAUUAGGGAGCGGACUGCCUCUCUUGGUGAAAGGCUCGGCCGUGAUAAUUUCGAUGAUGGAAACGAUCUUGGUGCCUCCCUGUUACCGGACGACCUGGAAGGGGGUCUACCCCCGCUUCAGCGCGACCAAGAAAAGGCCGCGCUCGACGGUCCUCAUGGAGUUCCGCCUGAGCCUCUUCCCAGCGCCGAAGCCCACCGUCUCGUCCGCAACGUCACACAGGGCCAGAUGCGGCGGCGUCGGCCACGGUCAGCGUACUUUCGUUCUGGCCAGAGCACGCCCGAUGGACAUGGUCGGCCGGAUUCGUGGUAUGGCACUGGAAGGCUAAGCUCUGGAGGUGGAGGUGGAAUUCUGGCGCAGCUUCUCAAGCUGCAAGGGAGUCAGGGAUCCGGUACCGCGAGCACAGCCGUGAGCGAUGAUUCCGAUGGCGACUCGCAGGUCUCAUCUGGCGCCGCAACACCAAAGAAGGAGAAGUUGAAGUGGUACAAGAAGUCGAAUCACCAUUCAACCGCCUCGUUGGUCGAGGCCUCGAUGAACUUGAGCAGGACAAGUUUGCCAGCGGCUACCGAUGUGCUCAUGACGCCGAAGCGAGGAAAGAGAAAGGGCAACCGCAGGACUCGUCUGGAGGAUGAAAUCCGGGUGACAGUACAUAUUGCAGAGAUCCUGGCUCGCCAGCGGUACAUCAUGCAGCUCUGCAGAGCGCUCAUGCGAUACGGUGCCCCGACCCACCGCAUGGAAGAAUACAUGAAGAUGACAGCACGGGUCCUUGAAGUAGAGGGCCAGUUCCUCUACCUCCCGGGGUGCAUGAUCAUGUCCUUCGAUGACCCCACGACCCGCACAGCAGAGGUGAAACUCGUUCGCGUCGUACAAGGUGUGGACCUCGGGCGCCUCGCAGAUACCCACAACGUGUACAAAAACGUCGUGCACGAUCUCAUCGGCGUCGAAGAAGCCAGCUCCGAGCUCGACGCAAUCAUGGCCCGCAAGCCCCGCUUCAACAAAUGGCUCCUCGUCCCCGCCUAUGGCUUCGCGUCAGUUGCUGUCGGCCCCUUCGCCUUCGAAGCCCGCCCUAUCGACAUGCCCAUCAUCUUCCUCCUCGGCUCCCUCGUUGGCCUCAUGCACCACGUCCUCGCGCCGAAAUCCGUCCUCUACUCCAACGUCUUCGAAGUCACCGCCGCAGUGCUAACCUCCUUCCUCGCCCGCGCCUUCGGCUCCAUCCGCAUAAAUCGCAACGGCGAAGACCAGCACCUCUUCUGCUUCUCUGCGCUCGCGCAAUCCUCCAUCGCCCUCAUCCUCCCAGGUUUCAUGGUCCUCUGCAGCUCCCUCGAACUCCAAUCCCACCAGAUCAUCGCGGGCUCAAUCCGCAUGGUCUACGCAAUCAUCUAUUCCCUCUUCCUAGGGUACGGCAUAACAGUCGGAACAACGAUAUACGGACUCAUCGACAGCAAUGCCUCGUCCGAUAAAAGAUGCUCGAACCUCGACGUCUGGGGAAGCGAAUAUACCCGGCGAUUCAUCUUCGUCCCUCUAUUCGUCAUCUUCGUCGCAAUCAUCAACCAGACGAAAUGGAAGCAAUUACCCGUAAUGAUCUUUAUCGCCCUCUCCGGCUACGUGACAAACUACUUCAGCACCACGAAACUCGGCUCGAACUCCGAGGUCGCGAAUACAGUCGGCGCAUUCACAAUCGGCCUCUUGGGGAAUCUAUACAGUCGUAUCUGGCGCGGCCACGCCGCAGCUGCAAUCUUACCCGCGAUUUUCGUCCUCGUCCCCUCGGGUCUCGCAUCGACCGGAUCACUCGUGGCCGGAUUGAACUAUGCAGACUCCGUCCGGGACGGGUUGAAGAGCGGCAACGCGACGGACGUCGCGAGCCAGGAUACCUCGAUUGCGAGUCUUGGGUUUGGGAUGAUCCAGAUUGCUAUUGGGAUUACGGUUGGCCUGUUUGUUUCGGCGCUUGUGGUUUAUCCGCUUGGGAAAAGGAGAAGUGGCCUUUUCAACUUCUAAUUCGAUUCGGUGUUCAUUUCUUUGCGUCUUUGAUGGACUUAGAGAUGGCUUUUUUCGUGCAUAUUGGUGGCUUUCCCCUUCUUUAUCCUAUGCGCCAUUUUGUGUUUGUCUACGUUUAGGUUGGAUCAUUUGAGCGAAGCGGAGCGUUUUGUAUAUCUUUUUUUUUCUUCGGGCUGUCAUAUCUUGCGAUUUAUACAGAUUCAUAAUCACGAGUAACGACUUUUAAUCUUUCUUCAAAGAGUACUUGCGAGCUGGA